CGAAAUGAAUCUCAGAACUAGCGCACGUUGACACUCGGCGCAGCAAGGGACCUGUCCAGCAGACCCCUGUAAACAGCUGUCUAUCGAGUCUUAGUUUGCAUGGGGUCGAAAAGUUGCCAGUGCCACACCGCACUGCAUUCCACUCAUUUCCUCAUGCAAUUGUUGCGCUGUCAGUUUUCCUUCCUGGACCCAAUUCCUCUGGUGCUUCACUGUUCGACUCUGUAAAUCUUUUUAAUCCCGACUACGACUCCGUUCAACACGUCAACAACAGUCAAGAUGGGCGUCAAGACACCGCUUCAGUUGGAGAGGGAGGACAAGGAGCGCGAUGCCGCCUUCAACAAGGCCAUGCACGGCAAGACCGCCGCCCAGGCCAACAGCGUCGCCACCAUCCUGUUCAAGAACCCAGAGGCCAAGCAGGCUGCUCUCGACGCCUACUUCAAGCACUUCGACAACAAGAAGGCCGAGAACGAGACAGACGCUGACCGCAAGGCGCGAACCGACGAGUAUGCCACAUUGACCAGACACUACUACAACCUCGCCACCGACAUCUACGAGUUCGGCUGGGGCCAGUCGUUCCACUUCUGCCGUUUCUCCGUCGGCGAGCCCUUCUACCAAGCCAUUGCCCGUCAUGAGCACUACCUCGCGCACCAGAUUGGUAUCCAGGAGGGCAUGCAGGUCCUCGAUGUUGGCUGCGGUGUCGGCGGACCCGCGCGAGAGAUCGCCAAGUUCACCGGCGCAAACAUCACCGGUCUGAACAACAACGACUACCAGAUUGACCGUGCCAUCUACUACGCAGAGAAGGAGAAGCUCGCCAAGCAGCUGACCUACGUCAAGGGUGACUUCAUGCAAAUGCCCUUUCCCGACAACACAUUCGAUGCUGUCUACGCCAUCGAGGCCACCGUCCACGCCCCCAAGCUGGAGGGUGUCUACAGCGAGAUCUUCCGUGUGCUGAAGCCCGGCGGUGUCUUUGGUGUGUAUGAGUGGCUGAUGACCGACGACUACGACAACAACAACGCGGAGCACCGCAAGAUCCGCCUGGCCAUCGAGCUGGGCAACGGCAUCUCCAACAUGGUGCCGAUCCAGGAGGGCCUGGACGCGAUGAAGGCGUCCGGCUUCGAGCUCCUCAAGAACGAGGACAUGGCACAGCGGCCCGACCCCAUGCCCUGGUACUGGCCCCUGUCGGGCGAGCUCAAGUACCUGCAGUCGGCCGGGGACUUCUUCACCAUCUUCCGCAUGACCAAGUUUGGCCAGUUCUUCACCCACGGCUUCGCCGGCCUGAUGGAGAGCCUCCGCAUCGCACCCAAGGGCACACAGAAGACGGCCAACGCGCUGAGCGAGGGCGCAGACGGCCUGGUCGCCGGUGCGAGGUUGAACCUGUUCACGCCCAUGUACCUGAUGGUCGGCCGCAAGCCUUCCAACUAAGGGGCUGGGUGCAUGUUUGCUCUCUCUCCAUCAUCAGAGUGUGACGAGGAAACAAUCAUUCGAAAUGAAAAUGACGUCUGACGCAGGAAGGAAAAGAAAUUGGCGCAUUAGGCCUGUAUAUACAACCUAUUAAUCAGAUCCAACGGCGCCCCGUCUUUACACGGGGGCAUUUUACGAUAGAGCCGUUUCGUUCAUAUUGGGACAUUUAUAGAUGGUGUAAUAAUAUGAGCUCCUGACUUGAG